AUGACUCGAACCGCCGACGCAGUCUCCGACCGCCUGCUGCAGCUGGGGGAGCUAAUCCAGACCAAUAUCACCCAGUUGAUUGAGUCUCGUCGCGCUGUGACAGCUACAGGCAACGGGACUGAGCCUUCUGAUCUCCCGCCGUGGAGCGUUUUCAACGCCCAGCGCGCCCUGCAAGCCGCUACCGGCAGCCUUACCGAGCUGAUUAGCCAGCCGGAGAACCGCCUGCUCGAAGUUUCUUCUCAGUACUUUGAAGCUCGGGCCCUGCACAUAGCCGCAGAUGCACGCAUCCCGGAUCUACUCGCCAAGACUGCCCCUAGAGGUGUUCCCAUUGAUCUCCUCUCCGCCAAAGCCGGCAUCGAGUCUCGGAAGCUCUCGCGAUUACUGCGCUGCCUGUGCUCGAUUCAUAUCUUUACCGAAGUGGAGCCUGACGUCUUCGCCAAUAACGCCGUUUCUGCAGGGCUCGUCGACAACGAGCCCCUGCGCGCCUAUAUCCUCCUGUUACGGCAUGGCAGGAUGCCUUGGGUGUUUCCAAGUCCCGAUGGGAUUGGCUUGAGGAGAAAACCAGCGCGUCUGACUUGCACAAGGGUUACAAUGCUGCCGUUCAGGGAACGACUGACACGGACACCGCCGCACGCACCUCCCCUAGUGCUCCCGGUGCCGGGGGCCAGGGGGGGUGACGCCGCUGCAGCCAGCCCCAAGACGCCGUACCCGGGUGUGUUUGGUACCGAACUGAGUAGGGUAGUGAACAGUGGGGUCGGCGAUGGCCAGCCUAUUUCGAGGCCGGAACACGCCAUCUUCAGCUUGGCCAUGGUCGGCGGUGGCAGAGUAUUCGGUCGAGCUCACCUACAUGCUUACGUGGCAGGUGGCUUCUGUCUGCAACUCUCUCAUCUCUACCCUAAUCUGAAGUUCGUCCUUCAGGACCGUGGCCCGGCCAUCGAAAAGGCCCAGAAUGAGGUCUGGCCGCGCGAGAACCCCGCGGCUCUUGCCGCAGGUCGAAUUCGGUUUGUUGUACAUGACUUUUUUGAGAAAAACCCCGUACCCGAAGCGGAUGUAUAUUGGCUCCGGUAUGUGCUGCAUGACUGGUCAGACGACUACUGUGUACGCAUCCUCAGCGGUAUCAGACAGAGCAUGGGUCCUAGAAGCCGCAUCUUGAUCUGCGAUCAAGUCAUGAACACAACUCAUGGGUGCUCUGACCUACCUCCAGCGCCCGAGCCCCUGCUGCCAAACUGGGGCUACUACACAAGAUACUCGCAUCAGCGGGACCUGGCUAUGAUGGCGAUCAUCAACGGCAUCGAGCGGAAGCCUGACGAGUUCCGGGAGCUAGUGGAACGUGCCGGACUCCGGCUGCGCAAGAUCUGGGACUGCCGUAGCCAGGUUGGUCUGGUUGAAGUUGUCCUGCCCAACUCUGAGCUGUAG